CUCAGUCAGCGUCCAUCUUCCAGUUGAGACGGGAACUCUCAACAGCGUUGUCACAGAGAGGAAAAUACGUCAGAACACUCGUCAAUCUCAUACAUACAAGGUGAUAGAAGUCCACCUGCACUGCUUCAGAGUUUCAUCAAACCACCAUGGCUGACAACGCACUGCUUGAGUCGAAAAUUCGUGCUUGGUUCAAGAUGACCGACGCCAAGAAGGACGGGUGUAUGUGUCGAGAAGACUUCCAGCUCAUCGCAGACAGAUUUGUUGCAGAAUAUAAGCUCGGUCCGGAGAAAGCCACGGAAAUCCGAAACUGGUUGGUGGACGGCUGGGACAAAAUCCUCCAUGACGAGACGUGUGACAUCAAAGCCUUGGAAGCAGACUUGCCGCUGGUAGUAGCGGUGAACGCUAAACUCAGAUCCGGGGAAAAGAUCAGUGAAGAUGAUUUCACGGAAGCCUUCCUCCAACUCCGAAACAAGGACUUGUCCCUGGCGAAGAAGAGUCUGGAGAACAUGAUCGACGUCUUCUUCGGCAUCUUUGACGCCAACGCUGACGGUUUCAUCAUCAUGCCAGAGAUGGUGGUCGCCAUGAAGUGUUUCGGAUUGGAGAAUUCGGAACUCGUCAAGCAGACUUUUGAGUGCAUGGACAAAGAUAAGGACGGGAAGCUGAGCAAGGAUGACUAUAUUGGAAGUUGGACUGAUUUCUUUUUUGGUGAAGAGAGUGAGAAUCCACUUCUCACAUGCUUUGCUGCGUUCAUGGCUCCAGGGGCUGCAUCAUAGACUUGUUAGUGCAAUGUUCAUGGAGAGUACUGUUCCGAGAAUGUUCACAUGCAGAUCAUGAGUUAUGCGUGGACAGAUAAGGGAAUGCGGUUUGUAUUUGCAGCUGUUUAAAGUAUGGCAAGUACAAUGGCUUUACACACCCUUGUAAUGUACAUGUACUACAUGAUUUGUAAGCUUUAAGAGAAAUAAAAGUUAUCGAUGUA